GAGAGAGAGAGAAACUCACCUCCCAAGCGAGACAGAUAGAGAGAGGGAGUGAGAGAGAGAGAGAGAGAGAGAGAGAGCGCGUCGGACGCGAGUGGUUGCACCUUUUUUCGGUUUCGUCUACGUUCGUGUUUGAUACGAGUCUCACAUUGUCGUAAGCAGCAGCGGCAACAACCAACGGUGGCGACGACGACGACGGCGGCGGCUGCUGCACGCCGAAGGGAUUAUCAUCGGCCGUUGGUGAGCGAGCGAGCGAGAUAGACGGUGAACCGCACACACGGACACACGCACGACGGGCGCGCACACGGACGUGCGCGCGCGCGCGCGAGAGUCCCCGAUCUCCCGUUCUUUUCACUCGGCCGUCCGAGCCGAGUGCGCGACUUCCAGCGGCGCACGAAGGAACGGCGGCGCACUUGUGUGUUUACGGUGGAAGGAUUGACCGGCCACCACGGCGACCAUGUACGCGAAGGGAAAAGGGUCGUCCGUGCCAUCGGACUCUCAGGCGAGAGAAAAAUUGGCACUCUACGUGUAUGAAUACUUGCUACAUGUAGGUGCACAAAAAGCAGCACAAACAUUCCUGUCAGAGGUAAUAAUCAAUCCACAGAUUCGAUGGGAGAAAAAUAUUACACUUGGAGAACCACCUGGGUUUUUACAUUCUUGGUGGUGUGUCUUUUGGGAUCUGUACUGUGCGGCGCCUGAAAGAAGAGAUUCCUGUGAACAUAGCAGUGAAGCCAAAGCAUUUCAUGACUAUGGAUUUGUGAACAGUGCUUACAACGUCAAUGGUAUUGCGCAUAAUGCUGGGCCAGCACCAUCUCCAAUUAGUCAGAUGCCACCAAAUGAUGGAAUGCCUGGUGGUCCCAUGCCUCCCGCUUUCUUCCCAAACAACUCGACAAUGCGACCAUCUCCGCCCACACACCCCUCAUCACAGCCAUCCCCCCAGCACCCCCAGCCACCCCCGCCCCCACACUCGCAGAUGAUGCCCAAUCAGUUUAUGGGCCCCAGAUACCCAGCAGGACCACGUCCUGGAGUACGUAUGCCACAAAUGGGCAAUGACUUCAAUGGGCCGCCAGGACAACCAAUGAUGUCAAAUAGUAUGGAUCCUACUAGGCAAGGCGAAGCUGGAGAAUUUGUAGGGUGGCAAGGUCCACCGGGAAUGAGCCCCAUGAAUCCGAGAAUGAAUCCUCCACGCGGACCGGGUAUGGGUCCGAUGGGUCCUGGCAGUUAUGGUCCAAACAUGAGAGGCCCGCCACCCAAUAGUACCUUGGGCCCGGGUGGGCCAGGAGGUCCUGGAAUGCCACCAAUGAGUAUGGCUGCUCCUGGUGGUAGACAGCAAUGGCAGCCAAACACAUCUACGCCAAUGAAUUAUUCGUCGUCAUCACCGGGUAACUACGGAGGACCACCUGGAUCAACAGGUCCACCAGGGCCUGGAACACCUAUUAUGCCUAGCCCCCAGGAUAGCAGCAAUAGCGGAGGAGAAAACAUGUAUACCAUGAUGAAGCCUGUACCUGGGGGAAAUAUGCCGGGUGAUUUCCCAAUGAGCGGUGGACCAGAAGGCGGUCCAAUGGGACCCAUGGGUCCUAAUACAAUGGGUCCGGUCUUAAACGGUGACGGUCUCGACGGGAUGAAAAACAGUCCAGCGAAUGGUGGCCCCGGAACACCGCGAGAAGAUAGCGGCAGCGGAAUGGGUGAUUAUAAUCUGGGAGGAUUCGGAGCUCCUGGAGAGAAUGAUCAGACCGAGUCGGCGGCCAUCCUGAAGAUCAAGGAGAGCAUGCAGGAGGAGGCAAAGAGGUUUGAGAAGGACUCAGACCAUCCCGAUUAUUUCAUACAAUAACUCUUCACGAGUCGUUGGACCCCGAGACCAAAUUAACAGUCUAAGAGAUAAACACAAUCGAUUUCCUUUCUUCCUUUAGUCCGAUAACUUAACUAUUUCCCCCUCCGCCGUGAAACCAUCCUCUCUUCCCGUGCGUUUUGUCUUUCCUUCUCUCAUCCCUCUCUCGGAUCUCCCCUGCAUCUCACCAAGCAAAAUCUUCUCCUCUCUUCUUUCCGAGCCGUAAAUUUAUCUCCGAAGGGAGAAAGGGCUCUCAAAAGAUUCCCCUCCCGCGCGUAUUUGCGACCCGUCCUUUCUAUCGCGCGCUGCGAGGAGAAUCACAACGUCAAGACAAGAGAGAUCUUUGAGAUGGAGACAGAGAGAAAGAGAGCAACUCGAUCUCGCGCAACUCUCAUGUCGACCGACGUUAUCGCACGGCGAUAUUGUACAGUAUCGGAUAUUGAAAGUGCUGUUAUCCUUAAGAUGGGUGCACUGCGAGCGAAUCAACAGCGAAUACGAGUUAAGUCUAUUUAAAAUUUUCCUGUGAUGUUUCGUUUUACGAGCAAACUGAUCGUGAGCCAAAUCCGUAUCGAAAAAAAUGUUCGAUUAUUUUAUUUAUAAUGAUUAUUCCAUUUAUACCACGGCGGUAAAAAUAUUUCCCGAAAUUUUUAACAGCGAAAAUUCGCUUUUUCGCUGUUUGUUCCUUCAAUGUUUAUCCACUUUUAGGCUGCGACCGCGAACAUUGUUUUAGUAUCUUAAUAUAUGACGAGGAGAAAGAGGGGGAGAGAAAGUGAGAGAGAGAAAGAGAGAGAAUGUGUGAUAGUAUAUUAAUAGUAAACGUUAAAUUUUUGAGAUUUUUAUGACAAGUAAUGCAAUGAAAUCUUUUAAACGAUGUUCCCGAUCGCAGUCAUCAAUCGUGUAACAACCUCCAUCGUAAUAUCAGUGUUGUAUAGUCAAAUUUAUAUAACCGAGAAACGGUUGUAUCAAUGUCGUCUAAACUAACUGAUUAAUUAAGACUAGAAUUAUAAAUUCUAAUUUGCUAGUAUACGGAUAUCCGGAUAACUGAUUCACGUAAAAUUAUUAUUCAAAUCUUCAAAUAUUUGGAUAAAUCGGAUCUUUUGAAAUUCGGAUAUUUGAAAAACUGGAUCUAUUUGAAUUUGCAGAUUAAAUAAAAAUAAUAUUUUGUUGUCUUAUUAUAUUAUUUACUUUAUAUUGUUUUAUGUGUAUAUAUAUAUAUAUAUAUAUAUACACACAUAUAUAUCUAUAUACAAUAUAAAUUUCAAUAUAAUGAUAAAUUUUAUUCUACUGUAUUAUUUAUUAUAUUAUUAUUAUGACAAUUAGUUUUCUAUUUAUUUAUUUUUUAUGAUUCGAAUAGUUUAGAUCCGAGUUUAUGAAAUUGUAGAUUCAAAUUUUGAAUUAGAUUUUUAGAUAUACAUUAUCAGGGUAGUGCACAUAUCCGGAUUUGAAUAAUCGGAUAAUAAUAAUCUAUAUUAUAUUUCAUAUAAUUUGUAUAAUUAAAUUAUCUGAAUAUUUAUAAUUGAUUUUUCUCUUACUCUAUAUAUAAUUUGGUUAAACUAUGAUUUGCAAUGUACCGCGAUGGAGGUUGUUCGUACAAAGUGAUUCAGAUCGUCUACUAUCGUCAUUGAGGCUCAGAAAGCCAAGUACGACGACCGCAUACGACAUGAAUCAAAAGGGAAUUUAAUCAAGCGAAAAGGAAAAAAAAAUUUCCAUGGAUAGCAUAUAACCACCAGUAGUGGCGUGAUAACAUAUUUACGAUCGCGAAGAUGGAAGCUGCAUCGCGUUCGAAUGGAAGAUUUUUGGUAUUCCGUCACGAUCGAGGACCAAAUUUAUUUCUACCAUACGAUAGGAAUGCGAUUAUCUCACCACGAAUCCCUUCGGGGCAAGCUUAGAAAAGAAAAAAAGGGGUGCUUUAUUCAUCUGUAACCGGUUACAAAGCAUUCUGUUAGGAUUUACGCGCUUUUGUAGAAUUGCGCUUCAGGAUCAAUCAAUUGCAACCGAUGACCUAUUACAAUAUUAUUUUUAUCAUUAAUUACGCAUAGAUAAAAUUUAAUUUUUUGACCUCUUAUAUGAAACAAUUUUAUAUAGAAAACUGACGUUUUUCUUUUAAAUUAAAGAAAAAAAAGAUUAACACGCGCGCUGUGGGUAUAAUCGUGAUUUGUAUAAUAUAUAAUUUAAUUGUAAUCUAUAUAGUAUGUUUAAUUUUAAUCUUCAUGAAUCGUUAAAUAUUAUAGAAUUAUGUUAUUGCAUUGGAUUUAGCAAUUAUUUCUUAAUUAAAUAACAAUAAAAAAAAGAUUGCGUUUUUUUAUAUCGUAUAUUGCAUCGCGAUUUUAAUCGACAAACUUAGUCUGAUUGUGAAUCAUACAAUUAUCAAAUAUUGAUAUUUGAUUUAUGAGAAACAUACAUAUAUGACGGUUAAAUUGAUGGAAAUAUUAUUUUCGCUUAAAUAAUCAUUAUUCGUUAUUGACUGACACAGUACGUAUGCUGUCAAAAAAUUUCACAGACACAACACUUUUUCGUAAAAAAGCUACUGAUUUAUGUUGAAUUUUUUAUGAGGGGGAAAAAUAUUGUUUUAUAAUAUUAAUUUUCCUACUUAAAAAAUAUAUAAAAAAAAAAAAAAAAAAAAAAAAAAAAAUUGUGCAACACGAUUACUAUUAUUUUCCAAGAGAUACUUGUUCUUAUCAAUAUCAUGCCAGAUAUCAUACAUGUAUGCUGGUAGGUAAGUUAUCGACUGUAAUUCAGCAUCUUGCUGCUGUAUAAUUGUGCGUUAAUGCAUCGUGCCAGGAAGAUGAUUACACACUUGUUCUUCAACGCUUUGUAACCGGUCGUGAAUAAUCGUUGGGACCGUUGUUGUGAUAAUAAUUUUGAUAGACAAUGAUUGGGUCGAGCGAGACUUGUGUAGAUGAUUCCAGCUUGUAUCGGAGAAGUUGCUUUCAGAUUUUAUACACGAUGCGUUUUUCUCAUAAAUACGAUAUAUUCAUUUUGCUUUAACAUUUUCCUGUUGAUAUCUGAAACUAUAUUGAAUAGGUCGAUUAUCGAAUUUUACGGCUAUAUAUCGUUAAUUAUAAACGUUUUUCAAGACUCGUCUUAAGAGCAUCGACUCUUUUAUCACAGAUCAGGAUACACGUACAUAAUAAUCCCUCGAUUGGUCGCGGAUUAAUUAAUUUAGCAUACAAUCGGUGAUUUUUGCCGGAGGAGAUAAGAGACAUGGAAUCGAGACGAUGAUUUCGAUCGUUCUUUCUCUCUACCGUUGAAUUCGGGACAUCUUAGACGGUAUUUUGUAUAAAAAAAACCGAAUAGAAUAUGUGAGUAAAAAGUCUUUCUGGAGAUCAUUAAGCCUGUUCUUUUUAGGUGUACUUCCUAUGCUUUCCCUCUUCCUUUUUUCUCUUUCCAAAGCGUAAAUGUGUAGUUGUUUCGUUUUAAGUACAGAAAGCGUGAAAGAGGAGUAUAAAUCUAAUAAGAACAGACCUAAUGAUCAAUCGAGAUGUAUCGCGUCGGAGGAGGAUGCUCUAAUAAUUUUAUUCAUUAAUUUUAAUCCGGCGAAUAUAAGAUGAAAAACGGAUUAAUCGCAAUCCCCUUCGACGGGGGAUUGCGCCCCUUAUGUUAUAUACGUCCUUGUAUAUUGCUAAGUUUUUAAUUGUAUGUAUCCGGACUUGAUCAUUAUCUCCGCCAUUUAUGUAUUUUUAUUUAAAAAUAUAUAUUUUGUCAUUUAUGUGUGUGAAAGUGAACGAGUGUAAAAAAGAAGAAACGAAGUCGCGGAAAGAUGUGUGUGUUUAAUUUUUUUAUUACUUUAAAUGAUAAUGAUUUAAGUUAUUAUGAUUAAAACAGAUGUGAUGUUGAUAUUUAUUUUGUCUAACACAGGUCAAGAUAAAGAAAUUGUUGGAAAGCAGAGUUCGAGAUAGUGAUCAAGCCCCGUUUUUAGUUUACGUAUACGCGAUCGAGAGGGACCGAUCCGAUAUCGAUCGCGGUCGAAGGGCAUAAAGAAAAGAAAACAGUAGGUAUAUAUAAAUUGAUACGCGCAUAAUUUUUCGCGGAUCAGCCGACGAAUUCGCGAGCGAGAGCUGAUUGUGGGUCAGUUGAUUUGUUGGUCAAACGACGAGCGCACCCACAUAUUCGGAGCAGCAUCCCCCUUCUCACCCUCAACCGACCCCCUUCUCUCUUGUAAUUAAUUUACAUACACAUAUUCAUUGUAAUACCGUUCACACACGGGCUGCAAAACUCGCGCGGCUGACCUCACACAUUCUACGGAUUCACGCAUGAUUAUUGACAUAAUUAUAGAUAUCUAUUACGAGUAUAGCAUUCAGUAGCAUAAAUAAUAAAGUAAUUAAAUAAAUGUCACACAUAUAUCCUAUCAAGUA